GCUCUCGUGGGCGCCCACGCCAACGCCGGGGAGCUCGACCAUGCCUUCGAGCUCUUCCAAUCCAUGCAGGCCAGCGGCGUGCAGCCUGACGUGAUUUCAUGGAACACGCUUGUCUCCGGGUUCGCCAGAAACGGUGACAUUGCCGCUGCGCUGGAUCUGUUCGACGAAAUGCGGCUCAGGGGCGUCAAGCCGCGGGUCAGUUCCUGGAACUGCAUCAUCUCCGGCUGUGUGCAGAACGCGCGUUACGAUGAGGCCUUCGACAUCUUCCUGGAGAUGUGCGAGACUGAGAUGCCCGACGCAGUGACUGUCGCUAGCAUACUCCCUGCUUGCACCGGCCUCAUGGCGCUGGGCGUCGGAAAGCAGCUGCAUUCUUACGUCGUACGCUGCGGAAUCCAAUUGAACGUCUACAUAGGUUCCUCUUUGAUCGGCAUGUACUCGGAGUGCGGGGAGUCUGCUUACGCGAGAAGCGUGUUCUCUGCCAUUGAUGGGGAGAGGAACGUCACUGUAUGGAAUGAGUUGAUUCAGUCAUAUAUGAGUGAUGGGAGGAUGGACAAGGCGUGUGAAGCUUUUAACUUGAUGCAGCAGGAUGGACUGAAGCCCGACACUGUCACGUAUAACAUCUUCAUUGCUGCGUAUGCUAGAGCAGGCCAGAAAGAACUAGCAAAUGAACUAUUAGCAGCCAUGAUCAAUGCCAGCUUGAAGCCUAAUGUGAUAUCAGUGAACGCUUUAAUAUCCGGGUUUUAUCAGUUUGGCCUCUGUGCUGAUGCACUGGAAGUUUUCAGAUACAUGCAGCUCUUGAACACUGCAGAUGCAAAGUACUGGACAUUUCUUGAUAAUAGCGGCCCCAUUCAGCCAAACAGUACUACACUUACUAGUGUCCUCUCCCUAUUGACAGACCUCAAGUUAGAUCGUCUCGGGAAGCAAGUACAUUGUUAUGCUCUAAGGAGUGGUUUGACGUCAAACAUAUUUGUUUCCAGCAAAUUGGUUGACCUUUAUGGUAAAGCUGGUGACAUGGUAUCUGCUGCUAAUGUUUUCCAGGGAAUCAGGAAUAAGAAUGUUGUCACAUGGAAUAGUCUGCUAGCAGCUUACAAGCAUAACAAGAAGCCAGAAGUUGCUUUGAAACUAUUCUAUGAAAUGCUCGACUCUGAUUUACUUCCUAACUUGGUUACAGUGCAGAUAGCUCUUUUGUCCUCUGGAAUGACAAUGGCGUUGGGGUAUGGGAGAGAACUGCAUGGUUACAUACACAAAAACUGGCCUCAUGGUUAUCCAGAUACUCUUACAAGUGCACUAAUAGAUAUGUAUGGGAAAUGUGGUAAGAUUGAGGAUGCUAGGUUUAUUUUUGAGCGCUGUGGUGAAAAGGAUGUAGCAGUAUGGAAUGCAAUGAUGUGUUGCUACUUGCUUCAUAGGAUGCCCAGAGAUGUUAAAGAAUUGUUCAGAACACUUGAACAAUCUGGAAUUCAACCGGAUCCUGUUACUUUCAUCAUACUUCUUUCAGCUUGUAAGCAAGAAGGUUCCAUGGAAGAAGCCCGGGACUAUUUCUACAGUAUGGAAGAUUUAUAUGGCAUAAAACCAACUUUAAAACACUACACCUGCAUGGUUGACAUCAUGGGAACAGCUGGUUUAUUGGAGGAAUCACUAGAACUUAUCCAGAAGAUGCCACAUGAGCUGGAUGCAUGCCUAUGGUCUACUGUUCUCAAAGCUUGUAAGCUUCACUCAAAUUUGGAGGUUGCGGCUAAGGCUGCAAAAUCUCUUUUUGAGCUUGAACCAAAUAACACUUCAAACUACAUGCUGCUUUCCAAUAUAUAUGCCAACAAUGGUUUGUGGGAUUCAACUGAAUCUGUGAGGGAUGCUAUGACAGAGCAAGGGUUGCAUGUCGAGAGACAAUGUAGCUGGCUAUAUCUCGGCACAAGUGUGGAUUCUUUUGAGGCUGGAGAUUUGUCUCAUCCUAAUUUUGAGAAUAUUUUGAGUACAUGGAAGGACGUGGCUAGUAGGAUGGAACAGUCUGGGUAUGCCCCUCAAGACAAUGAGCCCUAUUGCAAUGUAGAAGUUGAUCCAUUGUCAUGCCACCACACCGAACGGAUUGCGGUGUGCUAUGGACUUAUUUCCAUGUGUGGUCAUGAACCGAUACGGAUCUUGAAGAACUUUCGAAUGUGCAAAGAAUGUCAUUCCUCAAUCAAAUUUAUCUCAAGAGAUAAGAACCGGGAGAUAUUGAUUUCAGAUGGUUGCACCUAUCACCAUUUCAACGAUGGCUCAUGCAGCUGUGGAGAUAUGUGGUAAAUGAAGAGUUGGUUUGCCACGAAAAUACUGGCUCAUAGACCAUGAAAAACUACAGCAAUAUCUGAUAUGGGUGAUAAGGGCAAUCAGUGACACCAUCUUGACCGUCAAAAAGAAAAGAGAGCCAUAUUGAACCCCUGGGCUCAAAUAUGGUGUGGUUUAUGGGAGGCUGAAAGCCUGCAGCUUUUGCCAAGAUCCGAGGGGAAAAGGGGCAAUGGCCAGAACUAUGUUGAAGGUUAAAGGAAGUGAAGAUAUAUGUUACACGGAUAUCCAGUAAAAGCAAUGCAUAUGUACUUCAUGAUUGGCUCAUAUCACUGAUAGCUUGUUGAUGAUGGUGGCGAGGAUAGUCAUUCAUUUCUUCAGUUACAGGUAGAUGAUGGUCUGGAUGGAAAGCAGGUAACCCUAGCACGGAAUAUGCUAUGUAAGCAUCCGUCUGUCUGAUAUACAACUGUACUUCAAGGUUUGCAGUUUCUAGCCAUUAUUGAUACGGGAAUUCACAGGAAGAUUCAUGAGGUAAUGGAUCUUUUGCCUGGGUCAAGAGGGGAACAGUGUCACGCAUAAUUUGCCAGCAACUCUGUUUAUCACAUAACUUGAGAAGUGCCAACUGGUUCACCAAUACUGUUAUUCCCGGGAUUUGAUCCAGUGAGGUUACACCUUAAUAGGAGAUAGUUGAGUUGUGGGGAUGUCGCAUGGUCCAGUUGUUUCAUGCUCAUCGGAGCUAAUCGUGCAUGCUUGUAAUAACAUUGAUAUCCCAGCAAUCAAUCUCGCUGUUCAAAAAAACAAAGAAUAUGGUGAGUUGUGCUUUUCUAUGUGCUACACGGUCUUUGGUUCAAAGGAAUUUCAUAUGAAAAUUCUUAUGGUUUCCAAUCCAACAGACCAAACAAGAUCUUAUAUUAUAGGACAGAGGGAGUACUUUUUAUUCA